AUGCUUCGAUGUGUUCUAAAACCGAACAACAUAUAUACAGUCUCAUUUCUUCGAUCUAUUUCACUUAGUCAUAUAAAUAAAUCUUCAUAUAAAACACGUAUACAACGAGAACAUGAUGAUGGAAUAGAUAUAAAUCAUCAAACUACUGAAAUUGAUUCCAAGGAACAUAUACGUCGAUGUACACUUCACAAAGAUGUUGAUCUUUAUUCAUAUUAUAAUAAAACUUGUCCUAAUGUACGAACACUUGGUGAUGGUUUAUUUGAAGGUUGUAUUGCAUCAAAUGAUGGUCCAUGUAUGGGAUAUAUUUCACCAGAUGAUAGUAGUAAAACAAUACAAUGGUUAUCUUAUUCUCAAGUAAUUGAAAAAAGUCGUUAUAUUGGUUCGUAUUUAUGGAAAAAAACGAAACUUAUACCAAUGAAAUCUAAAGUAGCUAUUGUAUCAUCAAAUCGUCCUGAAUAUUUAUUUGUUGAACAAGGUUGUUAUAUGUAUGGAUUUCUUGUUGUCAGUUUAUAUACAACAUUCGAUGCGAAAACAAUUAUGAAUCUCGUAAAACGAACUGGUGCAGAUGUACUUAUUGUUGAUAAUUUGAAACGUAUUCAAUCAAUAAAAGAUGAUUUAUUAGAUAACAAUCAAAUUAAACAAAUAUUUGUUAUGGAUGAAGGAAACUAUGAUGAAAAAGGUAAAAUACAAUCUUUAUCAUCGAUUUUUAAAUCAAUGAAAGAUACGGAUAUAUGUGAACGACCAACUAUUGAUCCACAAAGUAUUGCAACAUAUAUAUUAACAAGUGGAACGACAGGUGAUCCUAAACUUGCUAUGAUAUCUCAUGAAAAUCUAUUAUCAUCUGUAAAAGCUAAUGUUAUUCGUUUACAAGAAGCUCAUGUUGAAAGACCAUUAAUUGAUCGACAUUGUUCAUUCUUACCUAUGGCUCAUGUUUUCGAAAGAUUUGUACUCUUACAAAUUAUAUUGCGUGGUACAAAAUUCGUAUAUUGUCCAUCGCCUGAUAAAUUAAUCGAAUAUUUAUCUAUCGUAAAACCUACUCAAGCAUCGGUUGUGCCACGUAUAUUCAAUAAAAUUUAUGAUACGGUUAUGGCUGAUGUAAAUCAAAGUGUCGUAAAACGAUUUCUUGUUCGACAAGCAUUACGUGAACAACCAUCAUUUCUAUCACGUAUUGUUUUUCGUAAGGUAAAACAAUUAUUUGGUGGUGAAUUAAAAGGUAUAAUCACUUCAUCGGCACCUUUGAAACCGGAUAUAAUGCAUUUUUUUCGUAUUGCACUUGACAUACCAAUUCUGGAAGGUUAUGGACAAACAGAAGCAAGUGGCGGUGGUACAGUUACUCAUCUAAAGGAUGUAUCCUGUGGUACAGUUGGUACACCAAUGCCAUCAGUAGAAGUAAAGCUUAUUGAUGUACCUGGUACUGAUUAUCGAAGUGAAAAUAAUCAAGGCGAAAUUUGUUUCAGAGGACCAAUUAUUUUUAAAGGAUAUUAUGGUGAUGAAGAAAAGACCCGAGAAACUAUUGAUCAAGAUGGAUGGUUACAUACGGGUGAUGUUGGAGAAUGGAAAAGCACUGGAGCACUAAGAAUCAUUGAUCGUGUAAAACAUAUAUUUAAAUUAAGUCAAGGAAAAUAUAUUGCACCUGAACGUCUUGAAGAUGUAUAUAUACAUUCGAGUUGGGUUUCCCAAAUAUUUGUUGAUGGUAUUUCGACUGAACAAUCUGUUGUAGCUAUCGUCAUACCUGAUGAAGACUAUGUGAGAAAACAUUUCAAAUCAACAUCGAAGAAUGCUGCAUCAUUUGCUGAUUUAUGCAAAGAUGAUAAACUAAAAGAAAUUAUUUUCAAUGAUUUAUGUCAAUUAGCUGAAAAACAGAAACUGCACUCUUAUGAAACAUUAAGCAAUAUUUAUAUUCAUCCAGAAUUAUUUUCUCAAGAUAAUGGUCUUCUUACGGUCACACUUAAAACACGACGAACGAGUGUUCGACAUCAUUUUGGACCAAUUAUUAAAUCAUUAUAUGAUGUUCAUUCGGAUGUUAAACCGGAUCUUAAAAAGGAAUAG